AUGACAUCAACGCUCGUAUUUCAGGGCGCCGCCAUUCACUGCAAAGAUCCAUCGAACCUGGAGAUACUCAACGACGCAACUCUCAUCAUUUCCAACGGCCGCAUAUCUGCAUUUUAUGAGUCUAGCAACCAUGUUUCCCAGGAUGCCAUCCCCCCCGAUGCCAGAAUCCACCGUCUCCCAGUCGGAGACUUCCUCAUUCCAGGGUUCGUCGACACGCACAAUCAUGCGCCCCAAUGGCCAAUGCGUGGUCGUGGACAGGGCUUGCACAUUCUGGACUGGCUGGACCAAGUCACUUUUCCAGUAGAGGCGCGCUACGCCGACAAUGCGUAUGCUGCUCGGAUUUACGAAGACACGGUUGAGGACUUCUUACGCCAUGGUAUCACGACGGCUUCUUACUUCAGUUCGCGGCAUGCUGACGCCACUCGUAUCUUGGCUGAUAUAUGUCAUCGCAAAGGCCAGCGUGCUUUUAUUGGGAAAUGCAAUAUGGACCGCAACGCGCCUGAUUACAUUCGUGAGACUGACGCUGAAACAUCACUCCGCGAGACAGAGGAGUGUAUAAAACAUGUUCGUAGUCUGCCAAAGCAAUCUACAAAUGAUGCUGGAGCACUCGUUCAUCCCAUUGUGACGCCACGGUUUGCCAUCUCUUGUUCCGAAGAGUUGCUGCGGGGAUUGGGCGACCUCUUGAAGCAGGACGAGACACUGGCAAUGCAAACGCAUUUCAACGAAGCGCAGCAGGAAAUUGAUGCUACGAGGGCCUUGUUUCCCGAAUUCAAAGGAAGCGAGGCUGACCUAUACGAGAGCUUUGGCCUUUUAAACCAACGCAGCGUUCUCGCACAUUGCACCAUCAUGUCGGAUUACGAGAAAGAGAGGAUCAAAACGCUUGGUUGCGGUGUAGCACAUUGCCCAAUCGCCAACAUGACAGUUGGAGGUGGAUUCAUGGUAGCACCAAUACGAGACUUUCUGAGUCGUGGGCUCAAGGUCGGUCUUGGAACGGACAGUGGCGGCGGCUGGGCCUCCCAAAUGCUCGCCGUCAUCCGACAAGCCAUGAUUGCCUCUAAUGCACAAGAAGUGCUAUCGCAAGGAAAAGAAAAGGCUCUCUCUCUCGAAGAGACUUUUUACCUGGCUACAAUGGGCGGCGCUAGAGUAAUGUGUCUUGACGACCAGAUUGGGAACUUUGAAACCGGCAAAGACUUUGACGCGGUUUGGGUGUCGACGACUUCAGGGCUGAAGUCGGCUAUGACGCCGAGGGAGGAGGAUGACUCGUUGCGAACGGCUUUUGAAAAAUUUGUACUUACGGGAGAUGAUAGGAAUAUGGCACAUGUGUAUGUAAGAGGCCGAAGAGUGGCUGGUCAUGGGUCGUAUCCAUGA